AUGUCGGUAUCAUCGGUAUCGAAAGUUUACACAGACGCUUUGGCGUCCAAGCCUCAGGCGUACUGGGACUAUGAAAACAUCAACAUCAAAUGGAAUUCUCAAGAUAAGUACGAGGUGAUCAAGAAACUUGGCCGAGGGAAGUACUCCGAGGUGUUUUUGGGAGUGGACUUGCACGACGGCAACAAGUGCGUGAUCAAGGUGUUGAAGCCUGUCAAAAGAAAGAAAAUCAAGAGAGAAAUCUCCAUUUUGAAGAACUUGGUGGGCGGACCCAACAUUGUUGGACUUUUGGACGUGGUGCGCGAGCCUCAGCUGAAGACUCCAGCGUUGAUUUUUGAACAUAUUGACAACAUCGACUUCCGUACUUUGUACCCUACUUUCACCGACUACGACAUCCGUUUCUACAUGUACGAGCUCUUGAAGGCUUUGGACUAUUCGCACUCCAUGGGAAUCAUGCACAGAGACGUGAAACCCCACAAUGUUAUGAUUGACCACAACCGUAAACUUCUAAGACUUAUUGACUGGGGUUUGGCCGAAUACUACCAUCCUGGAACUGAGUACAACGUACGUGUGGCAUCUAGAUACUUUAAGGGCCCGGAGUUGCUUGUUGAUUUCCGGUUGUACGACUACUCUCUUGACUUGUGGUCAUACGGAUGUAUGUUGGCUUCCAUUGUGUUCAAGAAGGAACCAUUUUUCCAUGGUAAAUCCAACACGGACCAGUUGGUGCAAAUCGUGCGUGUUUUGGGCUCCGAUGAUCUUCACAAUUACCUCCAGAAGUACAACCUUACGUUGAGCGAGGAAUACGAGGAUUUGGGCUAUUACAACCGUCGUUCGUGGAAGAGGUUCAUUAACGAAAACAAUCAGCACUUAGUGAGCGACGAAUUUUUGGAUUUCAUAGACAACCUUUUGAGAUACGAUCACCAGGAGAGACUUACAGCCAAGGAGGCUAUGGCUCAUGCUUACUUUGAUCCAAUCCGGCCACUGUCAUAG